AUGGCAAAGACAAAGAAGAAGAAGUCCGCCACAAACACAGCGCGUGGCUUCGCUACAACCUCAACACCAUCGAAAGUCAAGCCAUCCGAGCCUCCUAUGGAUGAUUCCGUCCCUAGCAAAGUCGAGGAUGUUGAAGUUUCGGGUAUCCCCAAGCCAGGAAGUGGGAGUUCAAAUGCAGAUGAGAAAGAGUACACUAUUCCAACUGAGGAAGAGCAAGCGGAUUUUGAAUUGCAGCGUUUUGUAGAAAAAAACGGUCCUAAGGUUUAUAAAGAGUCACAAAGGAUUGUAAACAAGACAGAAACAGAAAAACGCACAAUCAGGAGCAUAUGUUUCCCUCUAAAACUUGAGAAAAUCUUCAGGUUUAAUCUUACGAGAUACGCCUCUAAGCAGAAGGUAGAAGAGGAUAUUAACCAGGAGGUUGGUCUAGGAGAGCAGAUCUUGAGGUUAGCAAGAGAGGAACAAUCACAACUCUACCCAGACGAACCUAAAGCCUCUAUGAGGCGGGGAGAAACUUUAUUGGCGAAUGGAUGGAUAUUGCACAAGACAUUAACUGCCAUGGGAUUUCCUAACGGAAGAGUAGAGGAGGGAUUACAGACAUUAGCCGGAAGGAAUAAUAAUUCACUGGAUAAAGAGAAAGGCCUCGACUCGGCGAUGGAAGAUAUCCUAGACUGGUUAGCAUUAUAUUGCGAUGAAGACGAGCUUCCGGGAUUCUUGGAUGCGAGUCCCGGAUCUGGUAAUGUUUCUAAAAGAGGAUCUGAUGUAACACCAGCAGAAACGCAACCUUCUUCGGGGGUAUCCACUCCUCGUCAGCAAAUAUCUGAUACCCGUCAUCUAUCAGUUAGAGCUGCUCCAAAUCUAAAGUUGGAAAGCAAUAAUACUCACAGUGUGGACGCAAUAACUGUGAAAGCUGGUGAGAGUGAGGAAGAUGAAGAAGAGCUUAAUCCUGAGCAGCUUAUACCGGAGUAUGUCAAACUACAAGCGCAGAUUUAUGACCUUGAUCCAAUUUCAACUGCCAUUUCUGGUAGUAGAAAAGGAGGGAAAGGGCGCAAAACAACGCAAGCCCCCAAAGAACUCUCUUCCGAACAGAUGAAAAAUUUGAAAAAGCUACAAGAUAAACUUAGAGCGCUUAUUCAGGAUCCACUUCUUGACCUUAGGAGCGCAGAGCUUAUUUGGGCGGAAGAGAGAUUAAGGCUUGAAAAAGAAAGCUGGGCAAAAAAGCAACCGAAAGGCAAAUGGGAUGAUAAGAAUUCCCAUACUUCCAAACCACAAACGCCAUUACUGUCUCGGGGAACCGUCGAAUCUGACGGAGAGGAUAGUAAAGAAGGAGUGCAAUUUGCUUCGUCCGAGCAUGGCUCUAUUGAGGAUGAUGAUCUUGGUAUGGGUUUAAUAGGGGGGCUUUUUGAGCCACCACCUACAGAAGAAACAACUGUCGGACAAAACGGAGAAGAGAUGAUCAGCAUCAGGAAUUUCGAAGAAGAAGCUGGUUUUACAGUUAGUAGUUUUGGCAAAAAUAAACCAAAAGGAAAAACGGGAGUGGGCUCAAUAUUGGUUAAAAGCGUACUUGACGAAGUCUGUAAGAGUCGGGAUGUGGGCUCAAAGGUUCGAUACGAAAUGAUACCCGGAACAUCGAUAUCUACGCGUAGUCGAUUAAUUAUCAACUGGUCCUCUAUUACUGCUGUCUCGUCAUUUAAAACGAUAUUGAACUCCAAUGAACGGCCACCUGUUAUUGUAAAUUCACCAUCAUUGCUCAGCACCGCUUUUUCUAUGAACUCGUUUGGAACGCCGACAAAGGAACAGGCAGAGGGAUAUAUCGCCACAUAUGCCUUGUUUCAGUUGUGCGGUAAGAAGGAGGAGAAGAUAUAUCUUCGUCUUCCUACCUUGUGGCGUGCACUUUGGGCCGAAUUGGUGGAAGAGGCACGGUUAGAAACAGAACGCAAGGAACGGGAAAUUCUUAGGAGACUACAGGCUCUAUUAGAUAUUGGAAGUAAUGAGUACGUGGUAGAAGAGUUGAAUACUGCCGAGAAGAAGAAAAAGCGGGUUACAAAAGAUGAUUUGGAUAAAUCUUCUGAAGAGGUUCAGGAUGUUAACCCCUCCAAACUGGAAAGAUCUUAUCAGACAGAUAUGAUCAGAGAGAGUUGGGAAUAUAAGAAAAAUACACCUGAAUAUUUGCACAUGUUGAAUGGAAGGAAGCAACUGCCGAUGUGGGCUUUCAAAGAUGAGGUCUUGGCUGCGAUUGACCGAGAGCAAGUAGUAAUUAUUUGUGGAGAGACAGGAUGUGGAAAGAGCACGCAGACUCCGGCUUUUAUUCUAGAACAUCAGCUUUCUCAGGGGAAACCAUGCAAAAUCUACUGUACUGAACCCAGACGAAUAUCAGCUAUAUCUCUAGCACGCCGCGUAUCUGAAGAACUUGGAGAACGCAAGUCUGAUCUUGGGGGCAAAAACUCUCUUGUUGGAUAUGCCAUCAGGCUAGAAAGCAAUAUGCACACUGGGACUAGGCUUGUUUAUGCAACCACGGGUAUUGUCGUUCGCAUGCUUGAAAGAUCGCCAGAUCUGGAGGAGGUCACCCAUCUAGUUCUAGACGAGGUACAUGAACGUAGUAUCGAUAGCGAUUUCUUGAUGAUUGUCUUAAAAAAGCUGCUAUCAAGGAGAAAGGACUUGAAAGUCGUUCUCAUGUCAGCCACUGUCGACGCGGAGAAGUUUUCGAAAUACCUCAACGGCGCUCCUGUGAUGAAUGUCCCUGGACGAACAUUCCCUGUCAGAACUCACUAUCUUGAAGAUGCAAUUGAGGUCACUGGUUUCAAAGCCGAAGAGGACUCUCGGAACCCUCGAAAUCGCAAUGAUUGGGCGGAUGACAACGAUGCUGAAGUUGAUACUGAUAAGGAAGUAGUUCUUAGUACAGCUCUUACUGGUUAUUCCAAGGAGACUAAAUCUGCACUUUCACGAAUAAAUCCACACCAGAUACAAUACGAACUCAUCAUGCAGCUCCUUGAGAAAGUAGCACUUUCACCUGAAUAUAUCAACUACUCAAAAGCUAUCCUUAUAUUUCUACCUGGUAUGGGUGAAAUUCGAAGGCUUAAUGAUCUUUUAUCAGCGCAUCCAGUCUUUGGUUCGAAUAAAAGAGAUGGAGGAUGGCUGGUUUAUCCACUUCAUUCAACAAUUGCUAGCGAAGACCAAGAAGCUGCAUUCUUGGUGCCACCCCUAGGCAUGAGGAAAAUUGUUAUAGCCACGAACAUCGCAGAGACUGGUAUCACUAUACCUGAUGUCACAUGCGUCAUCGAUUCAGGGAAACACAAAGAAAUGAGAUUCGACGAGAGGAGGCAGCUAAGCAGGCUAGUAGAAACGUUCGUAAGUAGAGCAAAUGCAAAACAGCGGAGGGGUCGAGCAGGAAGAGUCCAGGAAGGGCUGUGCUUUCAUAUGUUUACAAAGGAUAGACAUGAUAAAUGGAUGGCCGAGCAACAAUCCCCUGAGAUGAUGAGGUUAUCCUUACAAGAUCUAGCACUCAGGGUUAAAAUCUGUAAGCUUGGGGGUAUCGAAGAGAUUCUUGCUCAAGCACUUGAUGCACCUCUGCCUAAGAACAUCAGAAGAGCCAUUGACUCCCUGAUCGAGGCAAAAGCUUUGACGUUAGCCGAAGAACUCACACCACUAGGUCGUCAGCUAGCAAAGCUACCGCUUGACGUUUACCUAGGCAAAAUGGUACUGCUGGGUAGUGUAUAUGGCUGCCUAGACGCUGUGACCACGAUCGCAGCUAUAUUAUCAUCCAAAUCCCCCUUUGUCACGCCAAUGGGGUACCGCAAAGAGGCGGACGCUGUAAGGUUUUCGUUUAAAAGAGGUGAUUCCGACCUGCUUACAGGAUGGAAUGCUUACUCCUCCUGGAGACGAGUUUGCCAAGGCACCAACAUAACCGAAUCAGACUUCUGUCGAAAGAACUAUCUUAGCAGCCGCACUCUUUCUGGAAUUGAGGAUUUGAAGCAGCAACUUAUCGUUGCCGUCAUUGACGCAGGGUUCUUCAGCCUUACGAACGAGGAGAGAAAUUACCUCAACCGCUGCCGUUUCAACACCUACCGCCGUCGCAACUUCUUCAUAGCACCUAAUGCCGUGAACCACAGCAGCGAAAACGACUCGGUAGUAAACGCGGUUGUCGCCGCUGGGUUUUACCCAAAACUGCUGCAGAAGGACGGGAAGGGGUGGAAGAACGUUGUUAAUGGCCAGAACAUUGCAAUACAUCCUAGCUCUGUGAAUAAGCACACCAUGAGCGAGUGGUUAGCAUUCUACGGAAUUAUGCAAUCCAAUAAGUUCUACGACGCCCAUGAGACCGGACAUGUUGACGACAUCACUGUUGCUUUGCUCUGCGGCGAUGUUGACUUCAAGAUGUACUCCGGUGUCCUUGUUCUUGAUGGAAAUCGCGUUCGCUUCGCCUUCCAGGAUUGGAAAAGUAUGGUUGCUUUAAAAACUUUCCGCAGCAGGCUAAAGGGGAUUACAAACUGCUCUUUCCAGACGCCUGGGAAACCGCUGUCUGAGAACCAAAAACGAUGGUUAGAGUUGUUUUACUUAGUGUACCAGAGGUUGCAGGAGACUUAG